AUGGCUAAUCCAAAGCUAUGUCCCCUAAAUCGAAAACUUUCAGGGUCAAAAAAGGCAAAUUAUUCCGCAAGAAGAGGACGUGCCAUUAACCACAGAAAUAAGAAUUUUUCGAUUGAAGAUUUUCUUUUGAUGAAAAAUGAUUCUGAGGAGCUAUGGGAUUUUGCGAAUGGAAGUGCCAUGCUUCGAGCAAAACGCACGCGCACAGAAGAGUAUGUGGACGAAGGUGGAUACGAACAUGGUGAAGGUAGGCUUUUUCGGAAGAUUACUCGAGUGGAAGCGAGUAUGCUAGCAGUUCUAGAGUUAGGCCAACACCAUGUUGCCCUAAUCAACAACCAAUGGGUGGCCACCCAAAUACAGAAAAGUCCUAGUACCAAUGUGUAG